UGCAAUCCUCAUUUUGUGUUCUACUUUGUGUAAGGAAACUCUCAUUUGGGGGUUCAGAAUAACCAGCUUCAACAAAGCACUUAGUAUUAAGAAAAACCACAGUCAAUUGGCCACAGCAGAACACAUUGCCCAGGGCCAAGGAAAGGAGGGGCUGAACCUCGCUCCCACCUGGAGCAGUCUCUGCAGCAACAGAAGCUUGGCAUCACGGGAAGAAGGGACCGGCUUUGGCCCAGGGGUAUGACGUAAGCGUCAUGUGACACAUUACGCCUAUCAUUACGCCUAUAGUUCUCUGCUGCCCGGGAAAGUGCAAAUUGAGAUACUGCGGCGGACCGAAAAAGAAGAGCUCUUCGAAAAAGGACUGGAUAUUUGGAAAUUGCACUGGAAACAGGUAAAUUAUGCCCAAGAUAACAAUAAGCGGAGUUACAGUGGAUUUUCCUUUCCAACCAUACAAAUGUCAAGAGGAUUAUAUGACUAAAGUCCUGGAGUGCCUACAGAAGAAGGUAAAUGGCGUUCUUGAGAGCCCCACAGGAACAGGAAAGACUCUAUGCCUUCUCUGUACCACUUUGGCUUGGAGGGAGCACUUUAAAGACACAAUUACUGCCCGAAAGAUUGCUGAGAGGAUGCAAGGGGUGGAGCUCUUUCCUGAUAGACCAAUGUCAUCAUGGGGGAACGCUGCUACAGAUGGAGAUACCACAGCUUAUUAUACCGAUAUUCCAAAGAUCAUUUAUGCCUCGCGAACCCAUUCUCAGCUCACUCAGGUCAUUAGUGAGUUAAGGAACACUUCUUACAGGCCAAAGGUGUGUGUACUGGGCUCUAGAGAACAGCUGUGCAUCAACCCCGAAGUAAGAAAGAUAGAAAGUAACCACAUACAGAUCCAUGUGUGUCGAAAGAAGGUAUCAACUCGCUCUUGUCAUUUCUACAAUAAUGUGGAAGAGAAGAGCACAGAGAAGGAGCUGGUCACUUCUAUCUUGGAUAUUGAAGAUUUGGUUAAAAGUGGAAACAAGCACAGAGUCUGCCCUUAUUAUUUAUCUCGGACACUAAAGCAGCAAGCAGACAUAAUUUUUAUGCCAUACAACUAUCUGUUGGACUCCAAGACACGAAGGGCCCACAACAUUGACCUUAAAGGGACAGUGGUGAUCUUUGAUGAAGCUCACAAUGUGGAAAAGGUAUGUGAGGAAUCAGCUUCAUUUGACCUGACUCCCUUUGACUUGGCAUCUGGCUUGGAUGCUAUAAAUCAGGUGUUAGAAGAACAGACAAAAUUGCUACAGCAAAAUGAGAUCCAUGCACAGUUCAACAUGGAACUUGACAAUUCAGGUCUGAAUAUGGAGCUUGAAGAUAUAGCUAAGGUAAAAAUAAUUCUUCUUAAGCUGGAAAGUGUAAUUGAUGCCAUCGAGCUUCCAGGAAAUAACACUGGCAUGACUAAGCCUGGAAGCUAUAUCUUUGAUCUGUUUGCUGAAGCCCACAUCACCUUUCAGACCAAGUCUUCCCUCCUGGAGUCAUUGGAGCAGAUCAUACAGUUCAUGGCAGGACGUACUGGAAUAUUUAACAACACAGCAGGCUUACAAAAGCUGGUGGACAUCAUUCAGAUUGUUUUCAGUAUUGAACCCCCAGAAGGUGCAGCCAACCUCAUGCAGGGGCAUACAGUUUCAAAAUACUAUAAAGUCCACAUCCACUUGGACAGCAGUAAUAGAAAAAAGACCCAGAGGACUGAUGCUUGGACUGCUCCUGUGGCCAAAAAGCAAGGAAAGAUACUGAGCUACUGGUGUUUCAGUCCAGGAUUUAGCAUGCAUGAGCUAAUUCAACAAGGUGUGCGUACCAUCAUCCUCACCAGCGGAACUCUAGCUCCAAUUUCUUCCUUUUCCAUGGAGAUGCAAAUCCCUUUCCAUGUUUGCUUGGAGAAUCCUCACGUUAUCGAUCAACAUCAGAUCUGGGUGGGGAUUGUUCCAAAAGGCCCUGAUGGAGUAUUACUGAGUUCUGCAUAUGAUAAAAGGUUUUCUGACGAAUGCUUGUCUUCUUUAGGAAAAACUAUAGGGAAUAUUGCCCGAGUUGUGCCCCAUGGACUCUUGGUAUUCUUCCCAUCAUACCCUGUCAUGGAAAAAAGUCUUGAGUACUGGCGAGACCAUGACUUUGCCAGAAAGAUGGAAGAGUUAAAGGCAAUUUUUGUGGAGCCGAGAAGUAAAGGAGGCUUUACCGAGGUUAUUGAUGCAUAUUACGAGAAAAUUGUCUGUCCUAAAUCAAAUGGAGCUACUUUUAUGGCUGUGUGCCGGGGAAAGGCUAGCGAGGGCUUAGACUUUGCAGAUAUGAAUGGCCGUGGAGUCAUCAUCACUGGUCUCCCAUUUCCUCCACGAAUGGAUCCCAGAGUCAUUUUGAAGAUGCAGUUCCUUGAUGAGAUGAGAGGAAAGAGUGGAGCAGGAGGCCAGUAUUUAACUGGGCACGAGUGGUACCGGCAGCAAGCCUCCCGGGCAGUUAAUCAAGCCAUCGGCAGAGUCAUCCGACAUCGCCAGGACUUUGGGGCCAUUUUCCUCUGUGAUCACAGGUUCACUAACAGUGAUGCCAGAGCCCAGCUGCCCUCCUGGGUGCGUCCUUAUGUCAAGGUCUAUGACAACUUUGGCCAUAUUAUCCGUGAUGCAGCCCAGUUUUUCCGCGUUGCCCAGAAAAUUAUGCCUGUUCCUGUCCCUCGGGUUCUGCAGAACCCCUGUGAUGGAGAAGGUGUUGCUGCAGCCUCCACGUCGUCCUACAGCCUUUUCCUCUCAUCUAAGAAAGCCAAGAGCUUGGAUGUACAUGUUCCUAGCCUAAAAAGGAAGUGUUUGGGCUCGCUGGAUGGUGGGGACAGUGAAGCCAGCCUGUGGGGAGAAUAUGAACAGGAACUAGCUUCCCCACAGAGGAAGCCUAGGGGUCUGCUGGCUGCAUUGGACCGUAGUGAGAACAAAAGUGAAAUCUAUGAGAGCAACAUGAUUCCAGGAGAAGAAAAGGCUCAGCGGCUCUCUACCCUAUCUUUACAGUAUGAGAAGAGAUUAACAGAUGAACAAAUAGGAGGAAAGAAGAAAAUCAGAAUUGUCAGCAGCCAGGAUAAGAAAGAGUCCAUCCCCAUGGAACAAGCAGGCAAAGCCAAGCUGUUUAUGUUAUCAGUAAAGCAGUCCCUGAGUCAGGCCAACUUUGACCUCUUCACCAGAACCCUGCAGCUCUAUAAGGGGACUGAUGACUUCAGCACCAUGAUGGCUCACCUUGGCACACUCUUUGCAGAGGACCCAAAGAAGCACAGUUUGCUCCGAGGAUUUUAUCAGUUUGUCCGGCCACACCACAAGAAACAGUUUGAAGAAGCUUGUCUCCAGCUGACUGGGCAGAGCUGUGGCUACAAGCCGGAGCACAGCCUGCCUCGUGAGAAAAGGGAGCAGCUAGCCCAGGAUCCAGAUGGGAAAAAGCAGAGUAAGACAAAAAUGACCUGUUCAGAGGGUGCAGUCCAACAACUGAACUCAGACAUUCACCUGAACCAGGGCGGAACUCACCUGGUAUCUGAGAUGACCAUCCAAGGUGAAAACCACCCAAGUGUCUCAAGCAGCACAAGGAAAGAGGAGCCAGAAGCCCCCGGGGAGAAGAAGGAUCAUGCUGCUGUUAUAGCCUAUCUUGCAGAUGUCAAGAAAUCUCUUGGUCCAAGCUGUUAUAGCCAGUUCUCUACAGCCCUGUCUGCUUAUAAGAAAAAUGACAAUUAUGAAGCGAUGGUGUCUGUGAUUGCUGCCCUCACCACCGAGAAACCUGAGGACUUGCAUCUUCUUCAAAGGUUCUCCAUGUUUAUUCGUCCUCAUCAUAAAAAGCAAUUUCUCCAGAUGUGUAAGGACUUGACAGGAUCCUGCCCUAGAGAGAGACAUGGGGAAUCUCUCUGGAAGAACCACCCAGAACCCUCCAGCCUUGGCCCCCAAAACGAGGAAGAAACUAAAGUGCAAGAGCUCAUGGCAAAAUCCAAACCAGACCUCCCAGAACCUGAGAAAUCCAGGAAGGUUCAAAGCAAAAUCUCUUCUUUUUGCUGCAAACUGAGAAAAUCAGAAUCACCAAAAAUGAAAUCUCCUGAAGGUUCCAGCCACCUGCCAAUGAGCUUGGAGCCUGACCCAAUCCCUGCUCUUCCUUCUAAUGUUGAGCUGGAAUGGGAAGGUUUCCAUUGUCCUGGUUGCAGUGCUGAGGAUGUGGUGCCCUUUCAGUGCCAUGCUUGUGACUUCCAUUCCUGCAAGACAUGCUGGGAAUGGCAUUUCAAGACCACUAAGAAAUGUCCAGAGUGUGGAGCCAUUGCCAAGAAGAGAUACCUCACCCAAGUCUUCUUCUGGAAGAAAACCUAGUGAUGAACAGAACACAGAUUUGCAUCCUCUGUUGCCCAUGGUGGAGCUUCAUGCACGGGGUUAAUUUAAGCUUUUCUUGAUAAAGUUUCCUUCUCACAGAUCCUUCCACCAAGAAAAUCUUUGAUCUGUUUAGCCCCAUAAUCCUGGCAAGGUCCCCAGAGGCAGGAGCUGGCUCAGUUUUCUAUUUUGACGUGUUUUAGGAACAUGGCCAGACUACUCUGUUAUCUUGUGGUAUCUAAUGUGCAUCCUAGCACACAGACAAUAGAUUUUUAGGCACUCUCAUCACUGAAAAAUGCCAAGAUAGCAUCUUAGCCACUCAGUCACAAACUCAGGUCAUCUGCUGGCCCUGAUUAUACAUUUGAGCUGUCUCCUUUUUUGUUCCCAGGUUCUACUAAUGAUCCUAUCCACCUUCCUUCUCAUGUUUCCUUAUACCCUUCUGUGUGGGUCUAGAGUAAAUAAUGUGCUCAUCGAAAAGUAGUUUCCAAUGUCUCUGGCCAGUGGUGGGAGUCUCAGUCCCCAGCCAGAUCUUCUCAGGAUCCCAUGAUCUCUUAUGUGAUAGCCGCACAUUGCCCUACUCGGUUCAGCCAUGUAAGAUGGGACCUUUUGGCACUGUAACAGCAUUGUGGUUUAUCCUGAGGUCCUUUAUAUCCCAGAUUCCAGUGGAGAGUGUGGGGGAGAGAAGGGAUCUAAGGAAUGGUUGAGAAGCAUUUGUUUUUAUGAGGAUUUUUUUGUUUGGUUUUUUGGUUACUUUAUUUAUUAAUUGUUUUACGUGUCUUAAAUGUGCCUCGGUUGAUUAAUUCCGAGGUGUUUUGUCCAUUUUGAAUAUAAUUUCCCUUUCUAUUAUUUCAUUUUGGAUUUAUUAAUUAUUGCAUAGUACCAAUGAUUAUUUCAGUGGAUUUAUUUUGUAUUCCACUACCUGAUAGAAGUUAUAUUGUCUCAGCUUCCCUGAGAAUUCUCUUGGAUUUUCUAAGAAAACCAUACUGUCUGCAAAUAGAGACAAUUUUGUUUGGAUAAGGAACAUUUUGUACAGUGUUAUAGAGGACACCUUUUUUUGCUCAUCCUCAGGCAGCUUGUCACAUGUAUUAUGUAUUUGCUAUCAAUUUUCCACACCAACCAAGUAUCACUUCCCAACUCUUCUGUCAGUGCUAUGUUGUAUAAUAAUCGGUGAAAAAAAAAAGAGAAGAAAACUUGCUACCAUCUACCCUGAGACGGUAGCCUGUGUUUGCUCAAAUUAAGACUUUUAAAAAUCAGGUUAAAAAACAAAUCUAUAAAUAAAACUUGUUGACUACGGAGCACAGGGGCAUAUUUAUUUCAGGAUAAGAAGCAGUCACACUAGAGGUAAUUUCCCCACACCAGCUCUGAAAUGAAGUCUCUUUCAGGAAGUUUCAUGGUUAUUCUGUGGCAAGCAUCUGAUUUGGUUUUCUAUCAGUGACGAUCCUGAAAUAAAUGGAUAAUUGUCUAGGAUACAUGCUUCCAGGAAAGUAGGGCUAUUCCAAAGGCAUAAUCAAAUGCUAUUAUAAGGGGCCAAAGGAAUGAUUAGUCAUAGGCUUUCACCACAAAUGAGGAAACAGAGCCAGAGGGUUUAUGAUUUGCCUAAUGCCACACAGGUAACAGACAAAGGAUUCAAAUCUAGGUCCUCUAGUUCCAAAUUCAUUGUUCUUUCCCCAUAAUUAUUGGCUCAUCAGACACCAAUAUUCUCUGUGUGCCCUCACCUCUCCCAGCUCAGCCUUUCCUCUUGUGUCCUCAAAUUUGUGUCUUUUUCUAAGAAUAAACUGAAAGAAUGAGAUCAAAAUGAGAAAAGUAGACAUAUAGGUGAGAUAUUGGGAAGAACUUGUCACUAUGGUGCAAGAUCCAAGAAAAAAUAAGGAAGGGAAACAAUGGAUUAGGCUUCUUUGUAGAUAUUUGAGAACAGAAAAGAUAUCGUCCUAUCUCCUCUUUUCCACCCUUAAUUCCAGCCUCGGUUAAUGGAAUCAAUCUUUAAUAUUGCUCAAGGACCGUAUGUGAAGGAAAUUAGGGGGCCUUGAUCAUGAGGGUAGCAUCUGAACUCUGAUGCCUCCCGAGGUCAGCGUUAAAGCCAGCAAUUAAGGUGGAUGACAAGGAGGCAGAGGGAAUGUCCCCUGGGUGGCCUUGCCAAGGAGGAAGGCCAACAGUUGGCCCAUGAGCAUGUGUGUGUGAAUAAGUUGAGCAAAAGUUAGAAAAACCUAGGCCUGAGCAGAUUUCAAUUUCUUCUGCUCUGGAACAGACUGGUUCUCUGGGCUGCUGCAUGGGGAUCGGCAGUCAUCAUGGAGAGAACCAUGUAGGGCUGAACCUGGGACCAGAUCUACCUUAAAGUAAUGUGGCUAAAUCUCUCCUCUUUCUCAUCUCUCACUCUCAUUUUAGUGAUGCUUUUAUAUGCACUCUUUAAUAUUUUGAUGUAUUAAUAUAUUUUAUAUAAGUUUUAAAAUAUUUUAUUAUAUUAACAUAGUUUAAUAACACUUAAGACUGUCCAGAUCCUUUUUUAUUCCUAACAGCUGGAAUAAAGGGAGUGUCAUACCAUUUUUUUAAACCUUUAUCUUUUAUUUUAGAAUCAAUACUGUGUACUGGUUCUAAGACAGAAGAGUGAAAAAUGCUUGUAAAAAGAUGAAAAGUAAAAAGAUAGCUGCAUUUCAAGUUUGGGAGAAUGGGAUAAUAGUGUUGCUACAAAAAGUGAAACUGAAUGAAGGAGCAAGUUUUGGGGAAAGACAGUUGGUUUCGUUGUGGAACAUUCAAGUGGACAGGCAAAGAAAACUGUAAGUAGGCCUCGCUCUCAGAAGAGAAAGGUCAAGAGGCAGCAGCUGGAAGAUCCUAAGUUCGAAUGUGACCUCAGACACUUCCUAGCUAGGGCAGAAGUGAAAUAAAAGCUCUUAAAGAAUUGGAAUGGGGUAGCCAAGUGGUUCAGUGGAUUGAGAGCCAGACUCAGAGACAGCAGGUGCUGGGUUCAAGUCUGGAUCAGACAUUUCCUAGGUGUGUGACCUUGGGCAAGUCACUUAACCCCCCAUUAACUAGUCCUUACCACUCUUCUGCUUUGGAAGCAAGACUCAGUAUUGAUUCUAAGAUAGAAGGUAAGGGUUUAUUAAAAAAAAAAAAAGAAUUGGAAGGAGAAUAAAUAGCUCUGACCUACUGAGGAAAUUAAAUCCUUGAAAACUGGAAUAGAUGAAACAAAUAUCAAUGACUAUAAGAUGGCAAGAAAUUAGAACAAAAUAAAGAUUUUAAAAAGAAUAAAACAAAUAAAAUUAGAGGUCUGAUAUCACAAACAAUGGGCUUAAGUCAAGAAGAGAAAAUAUAAGUAUUAUUGGACUUCCUGAAAACCACAAUAAGGAAAAGGGAAAAUAAAAACCUAUUUGCUAUAUUUCAGUAAAUCAUAAAUUAAAACCUCCCAGAGCAGAGUGAUUAUCAUUCAUUUCCUGAAAUACAGUCCGAGGAAUGUUACUAUCAAAAUCCAAAGCUCUUACCUUAAAAAAUAAAAGCAACCAACAAAAAGUUUUAAGUACAAAGGAACCACAGUCAAACAGGCAGCUUCUGUCACAGGUGAGAGCUCUUAGAAUAUAAUAUUCUAAAAAGAGAUGAACUUAACCUAAAAAGGUGGUUAUAAUUUAACCGAAGGAAAAUGGAUCUUUGAUGAGAUAGAAGAUAUUUAAGCAUUUUCGAUGACAAGACUAGUGCCAAAUAAGAACUUUGGGAUAUAACAACAGGAGUCAAUAGAAAAUCUAGGAAGGCAAAUUUGUAAGGAACUAUAUAUGCCAUGUAGUGCUAACACUAAUGGAGAAGUGUCCUUUCAAAACCUUAAGGCCUUCAGAGGGGAUUGAGGACAAAUAGAGGUCUUGGGGGUGGACUGGAUCUCUUCUGAAGGUGUGAAGAAGGGAAGAAAAAGUGAUAAGUGAAAUACAUAAAUGUAGAAAAGGAAGGAGGGAGCAGAACUUGAAAAGGUUAUUUCUCAUAAUUGGAAUUGUAAGGAGAAUGUGCAAACAGGAAGGAGUGGAGGAGUUGGCACCUUAUCUGAAAAGGACAAAAGAGCCACAUAAGAGUUUAUCAUACUUAACAAAAAAAAAGCUGGGAUAAGGACAGGAGCAGGAGUUUGGAGGGAGGAUAAUCAAAAGGGAGGAAAUAACCACAAGCAAAACAAACUUCCUGAUCUGGAUGUAGGUUGUUAAAAGGGAAUAAAAGAAAACGAGAAUCUUGGAAGAUGCCUUAGAUCUCCUGGACAAUUGGGAAAUGGCUGAGCAAGUCAUGGAAUAUGAAUCUGAUUAGAGUGGUAAUUGGUGACGAAAAAGGUUUUCUCAGAAUUCUGGGGAUAAUGAACUGACGCAGGAUGAAAAAACCGAAAAGACUUUUAUCAGCAAAUGACCAAGCUAGAGAACCUUUGAUGUAGUGUGCUCCCAAUUUCUUGGUAGAGGGGUGAUGAGCACUAGGUACCGAGACAACUUUUGGACAUGGCUACUGUGAAUUCCUUUUGUUUGACACGAUUAUUUUUAACCAGGAAUUAGGGGCUGAGGGGCGGGGGACAGCGAUUGACGGAGGUAGCAAUCAUGGGGAGGGGGAGUAUCAUUGACUUUUUUAAAUGCAAAAGAGAGAACCGAACAAAAGGAGGUGCAGAUGAGCGGGCCAGUUUUGAGAGUAACCCCUGACAUUUAUCAUGUACAUUUUUUUCCAAACAGUUUGAAACAGAGAUUCACGCUUUCCUAGAAAAUCCUCCCUGCCCCCCCCACUGUGUUUAGAAAUGUUCUUGAUAUUUAUGACUUUUCAAAAGAGACAAAAACAUAUUCAAAUCAAGUAUCUUGCCCCUAACCCUUCUUUGGUCUAUAGAAUAAAAGCCCUUGUGGAGAUUAAGCAAACA